GAGUUCGGUAUCUCAUCGAACCAAAAUUUGACUAUAUUGUUGCACCACGUGUAAUGCGUUUCCACCGGUUGAUACAACUCGUACCUCGAGCCGGCACGGUAUAAGAAGGGAGGUGUGAUCCCGGAAUUUGCAUCAUUCGUGAAACGUACAUCAAGCACUACAGUGAUCAGGAGCACUUUUAUGUCGGAGCAGAUUAAAGCUUCAGGAUGAAGUUUUCGGUUGUAAUACUGAUGAUUACUGUGAGCAUGGCAGUAAAUGGAGACCCCAACCCAAAUUUCCGGCAAAUUCACCCAACAGUGCACCGAAACUCCAACGCCAGUGUGACAUCGGUUCGCUUCUACCUGAACGACACGUUUUGGCAACUGGAGCUGGAACCCAAGACAUACCCAGAGACCGUGAGGGUAAAUUUUGUGCUGAAUGGCACAAACUCUGAGAAUGAUCUUAACGUCCCAAAUUUUCACUAUCAGGGAGUUGUCCUCGGAAAACCCUUGUCCAAAGUUGCAGUCUCGAUCUGCAACGGUGACCACAUUCAAGGGGAAGUGUUUGAUGGGACGGACGUGUACGGCCUGACUUACUACGAUGGACAGUAUGUCACGCGGUACCCUCAAGAGGCUGGCAAUUCGUCGAACGGGAUAAGCCUCUACGCUGGAAAAAAGCCGGAAACGCCUCCCGUUCGUAUCGCGAUGGGCAUAGUGGUCGACAAAACUGUGUUCAAAGAACAUGAUCAAAGUCCCGAAAAGGGGAUUGAUUUCUUCUUUAGCAUUGUAAACAUCCUCAAUGCUCUGCUGGCGAAAUUCAACAUCGUGCUCGAUCUUACCAGAAUCGAAAACUGGACCGAUAAAGAUUACAUCGAAAUGAACUCGUCAAGCGAUGUACUGUUGCCCCGAUUCAACAAGUACAUCAACAGCCAGAUGCUUGGUCGGGAUUCGGUUGACUUCGUCGUCCUCUACACGGCGAAUUUGUCGACCGAAGGAGUGUCCAUACGCGGAUCCAUGGGCUCACGACGCGGUUCCGGUUCGGUCGUUAUUACGAAUUUCCACGAUGUGGUUGUCACCGCACAUACCACGCUCCACGAAUUGCUGCAUCUGAUCGGAGUUGGACACGACCAAGGCGGUGAAGAUUUUCUCAUGGCGGUAAAAACCAACAUCUUCGCCAAUGCAAUGGUGAGCAAGGACAGCAUAGCUGAGUUAAACGCUGCCAUGCCGAAGAUAUUGGAUCGACUGCUGCAGAAGCAUCAGCAAUGGACGCCGAUCUCUACUGGGGAGCAAUCCGGUGGACCAAGUUUUGAUCUUGAAACGGAGAAAGGUUUGGCUUGGUGGCAAAUCAGCCUCAUUGUAUUUGGAGUGUUGUGCCUAAUUGUAGCUGUCGCAACGGUCAUCUUGAUCUGUAAGCGUCGACUAUCGCAAGCGCAAGCUGUGGACCGUCCCGGAGAUUGCAAAAACUGAUGUCAAAGCCGUCGCCAUGGACACGGCGAGAAAGUCCAGCGUUGAAACGAAGACCGGUGUGACUGAUUGGUUGAGUACCUCCUUGGCUGUCAGUGGAGUCACGGACGACCGGUCCAUCGGAAUGGAGAAAGCCACACUCGCUCGCGAAUCAUCUCGCAAAAGUCUGACCAGUGGCUACGUGUCGCCGUCGCAGGUCAGCUUGACCAUCGAAGAUGACUCAUCGUAAUAGACGCAUGCCAUAUUUUAAAGAAAUUAAGAUAAUUAAUUAAGCGUACUUCAUAGAAAGACACUUGACAGACUUGCGAAACAGUAAAAGAAAUUAUUUUCAAGACAGACCUAGCCAGUCCACCGUUUAAAAACUGGUAGUAAGACUGGUAGUUAUAUUUUAUUUUAUUGUGAUGUUUUAGCAGUAUUUCGGUGCCUCUGUGCUGGUUUUCCUAUCUAGUUAGCAUAAGAGAGCACAGAGGCAUCGAUUUCUAAAAUUAUUGAUAAAAACGAAAACGAAAUGAUUUGCUCAACAGAAAGCAUGCUAAGAUCGUCAAAAAUCCAAAUCACAAUCACCGAGCGAUUAACCCAUCAAACAGAAAAAUUUAAAAAAAUAGUUUAAAAAAAUUACAAAAAAAAAUCAUUUUUUUUUUUAAUUUUUGAGUUGCAAAUUUGAUUUGCACCCCAGCGCUGCAGAUGCCCUAACAGAUUAAAGACUUUUAGAGGAAAGCAAAUCCUUUCCGCCAGUGCUAAAUUGAUUUUUUUUAACUUUUUUCUUGCUGUUAAUUUCUAACAUGAACCACUUGAGUUAAUGUUGCAUUGCCAUUAGUAAAUAUUCGGAGGUGAGUUGUGGAAAAAAAAGAAGUUUAAUAAUUAUAAAAAAAGAAGUAAAGUUUUUUAGGGCAAUACUAUGAAGGGAUUAAUAACGACUUAAUUAGUUGAAUACAAUUUACUAGCUAUUGUUUAUGUUUGUGCAGAAUUUGUUUAAGUUUUAACAUUACUUUGACUAUUGUUAGGUAUUUAUUAUUUAUAAAUAUUUAUUGAACAAAAUCAGCUCGAUGUCUAGAGUUUUCUUUAAAAAGGUCCUAUAAACAACAUUUUCAAGUUUCGCUUUUUGGGUGUGUUUGAAACCGCCUUAAGUAAGGGUAUUUAAAACACUCAGAAAGGAAAAAAAAAGUUUUGUUUAUUGGACCUUUAAAAAAACUCCAGAUAUACAAUAGCAACGAUAUAGGGUAAUAUCAUGAUUUUCAAUUAAACUCAAACAAGUUGAGAUUCGAAAAAUCAGCCAAUGUAAAACAAAACAUGUGGAAAACCUAACAAUCAAAUAAAACUCAAGUAUACUGUUUAGAAUGAA